CCAUGAUGCCAUGUGAGAGAAACAGGUUGAUUUUUGUGACUCACUGAGCAGGAGCUGUUCAUAUAAUUGGCUAUACUUAGGCCUCAGAUCAUCCUACUAGGACCCUUUAGAAGAGCCAGGCUACUGUGGCGUAUGUAAGUAAUACCACAGCACGCCAUAUACUGCUAAACUUUUUAAUCUAUUGAAAAGAAGAGGAGGUUCAGUGUUCCUUGUCAGCUUCUUUGUUGCCAAAUACUAUGACGACCGCCAGCAACCCCGCCCCCACCAGGGACUCAACCCUCACAUAUCGCGAAGUCACCGAGGACAACUGGCGAGCGGUAGCAAAUCUCAGCCUCAAACCCGGCCAGACAGGCAAUCUUGCCCCCAACGUGUGGUCUCUCUGCGAGGCAGCUUAUUCUGAAGACGCAUGGGUCCGAGCCAUCUAUGCCGACGAAACACUUGUCGGCAUGUUGAUGAUGGCCAUAUGGGAUCCUGACGAGGCCUACUAUAUCUGGCGAUUCAUGAUCGACGGUCGGUACCAGGGCCUUGGAUAUGGUCGACGGGGCGUGGAAUUCGCGAUCGCGCACAUCCGACAGCAUAAUCCGCGAGCAAAGACGCUGGGGGUGAUGUCGACGCCACCAGAAGGGAAAGCAAGCGAGAACCCGCUCAAGGUCGUGAAGCCGGAGGAUUCGCCUUUUGAUUUUUAUCGGAAACUUGGCUUUAGGCAGACUGAGCCGCCGGAUGAAGAUGGAGAGAUCAUGAUGUCGAUAGACUUGUAGUGGCCAUCUUGAGAUAGACCUUCCUCCAGCUACUUUUUACCUGGAAAUCUUUCAUCUGCUUAGUAGAAGUACCAAAGUCCAGAUCAUUGUAAGAACAUCAUACGGUGGAAGCAGCUGGUGUGGAGAUGUGGGCCUGCUUAUCGCUUAUCGCCAGCUUAGUCAUUGCGCCUGUGACGCCUCUCUU